AAUAGAACGGUUUCCUUCUUGAAAAUACAAAUUUCAUCAACAUUAAUUAAGAUGUUGUUACCUUUAAAAAUAAUAAUAGAUUUUAAAAUGUAUUUAACUACCGUUUGACUGUAAAGACUCUGUUAGUUCUACAUGUCAUUGCGUCUUUACUUUUUAUCAUGACGGUAAAACAUGGCGGCUUACUUGCCACUCAUGUGCUAGCUUUAGCUCGAAUGUUCUAGCGUCUUCGCGUGUCUGCUGGGUUAAAGAGGCGUCGACCUUCUGGGCCGUCAAAAAGAGCGUGUUUACAUUUGUUCAGUAUCAUUUCAUGAAGCUCUGAAGUUUGUCUUACUUAGUUGAUGCUUCCCCAACACUCAAGCAACAUGGCAGAAGACAGACAAAGUAGGAGGUACCCUCAGAAUCUUCAGGGGGUCCUGCAGUUGGCAAUUGAUGCUGGUUCCAGUGCCGAUGGGCCUGCUCCUGUUGAACCCAUAUCAGAGGAGAGGAGCACGUGGCUCAGGGAGGCUCUCGCGGAUCUGUGCAAAGGACAGAUGGACGAAGUGGAGCAGAUGAAGCAAUGCUUGGCCCUCCUGAACAAGGAGGAGCUGAACGGUGACGGGGAUCGGGAUGAGGAGGAUGAAGACGAGCGUGAAUCAGCCUUUGAGUUGCUGUCAGAUUUGUGUGAGAACCUUGACAAUGCCAGAGACCUGAUGGUUCUGGGAGGCUUGGAUGUGUGCGUCUCCAAAUAUUUGUGCCAUCCCCAAAGUAGGCUGAGGUGGAGCGCUGCUCAGCUGAUUGCUACCUGUGCCCAGAACAUGCCACAAGUGCAGGAUCACUUGCUAAAGAUGAGCACUUUACCAAAGCUUCUCCAGCUGACAGACUCGGACCCCCACCCCACAGUCAGAGUCAAAGCCCUUUAUGCAGUUUCAUGUCUGGUCCGAGAGCAGGAUGCGGGAAUGGAGGCCUUUCUGUCCCUUGACGGCUUUUCAGUGCUUAUGAGAGGCAUGCAGUCAGAACACGAGAAGCUCCAGACCAAGUCGGCGUUCCUUCUGCUCAACCUGCUGACGUCACACCCUGAACAGAAAGACGCUGUCGUCUCCAUGGGGAUGGUGCAGCAGCUGGUCUCGGUGCUGCGCUGUCCACACUCAGCUUUUCAUGAGCACGUGCUCGGUGCCCUUUGCUGUCUUGUGGAGGACUGUUUGAAGGGACUCAAGGAUUGUAGGGACCCAUCGCUCGGUCUCGAAGAGUUACUGCGACUGCGAGCCAGAGAACUCCAAGGCAAAGAAGAAAGUCAGGAAGAACUUGAAUUCUGUGAGCGCUUAAGGAUGGCUUGUUUCCGUGGACACCAGCCAGACGACCAUGGGAUGGACCGCUGACCUCAAAUCUGUUAUUUGUACGGUCGUGUACAUUCAUCUGCAUUCAUAGUUGACAUGAAAGUGUUUGUCAUUUUCUGCAUGUCAUCCAAAGUGUUAACUUUGUUGUCAUACAGUCCAAGCAGUAUGUAAAAUAAUGUCUAUUGAAAUUUUCAUUGUUGAAAAUCAAUACCUGUGAAAUUUUCAGCCCUCAAAGAAAAUGUAAGUUGUCUGUUAAAACAAGACUCUUAUUGUACGUG